CGAGUAUUAUUAUUAUUUGGUUACAACAUUCUUUACAAAAACACGAUUUCUUCUCCUUUGUAAAUUUCUACAUGUGCUGUCAUUCUAAAUUUUACGUAAAGUUAUGUCCAAAGAGUAAUUUAAUAUUUUUUUAAUCAAAAUGAGUUGUCAUUUUAAACAAAUAUUCACAAGUAAUCUUUAAUUUUCAAAUCUUGUGUUUAUAAAUGUACUGGCUCAUUUUCAAUUGCAACUCACCAAUAAUUAAUAACCUCUGUGUAUAAUAUAAAGGUACUACUUCUAUAUAUUUUUAUCAGAUAUAAAAUGCCGAAUGAACAACAAAAAGAUGAAAUAAUUGCAUUGCAAAGUAUUUAUAACGAUGAAGAGUUUUCGUUCCACGAUAUCGAUGGACAAUUUCACUGUGUCCUGAAAAUAUUUACAUCGUUGUUAGAUGAUUAUUGCUUAAUCUAUAAAGAUAGAAGAAAUAAAGAAGAUCCCGUGGAGAAAGUACCAAUUGCUCAUCUACCUCCAAUUGUUUUACAUGUCACAUUACCUCAUAAUUAUCCACAUGAAUCUCCACCUGAAUUUACAUUAUGUUGCCCUUGGUUGCGUUUGACUUCAUUAUCUAAAUUAUGUAGAAAAUUAGACCGAUUGUGGCAAAAUAAUAGAGGUCAAGAAAUUAUUUUUACAUGGACAGCUUUUCUUCAAAAUGAUCUAUUUGAUUUCUUAAAAAUACAGAAUUGUCUGGAUAUUACAGAUGCAUAUACUUACUAUAAAAAAAUAUCAGAAUGUAAACAGGAGCCAAAUGAAAUCAAAAAACCUCAUACAGAUCAAAUUGAUAGAAAUCACAAAAGAGGUGUAAAGAAGAAUUUAUUACAUAGAAAACAAAAAAAUACAAAACGAUAUUCCAGAUUUGAUAACAGAGCAAUUGUUAGUCGAUCAUCAAACGAGAAUCUUUUACAGACUUUAUUGGAUUAUAAUGAGAAGAGGAUGGAAAUUGAAUUUAAGAAAAAUUUUUAUACUUGUAAAAUAUGUUUUACAGAUAAGUCUGGAGAAUCAUGUACACAAUUUAAACCUUGUUUACACAUUUUUUGUAAAGACUGUAUUGCUGGAUACUUAGAAGUCAGAAUAAAAGACGGCUCUGUUAUGAACAUUUGUUGUCCAGAAGAUAAAUGUAAAUCGGAAGCUCUUCCAGGACAAAUCAAAGACUUAGUUAGCCCAGAGUUAUUUGCAAAGUAUGAUUCUAUAUUACUCACAACCACUUUAGAUACAAUGCUGGAUAUUGUUUACUGCCCUAGGCGUCACUGUCAGUACCCUGUCAGCAAAGAACCAAAUGAAAAAAUGGCAAGCUGCCCAGCUUGUAACUAUGUUUUUUGUAUUUAUUGUAAAAUGGUUUAUCAUGGAAUAGAGCCUUGUAAAAUUGCACUUGGAGAUAAACAAAAGCUCGUUAAUGAGUAUCUUAACGGGUCUCAAGAACAAAAAAAGCAAUUAGAAAAUCGUUAUGGUCAAAAAUUAAAAUUCCUUGUAGAAAAUAUUUUAUCUGAAAAUUGGUUACACAACAAUAGUCGAAAUUGUCCCCAUUGUAAAGCAGCUAUUGAGAAACUGGACGGUUGUAAUAAAAUGACCUGCAACAAAUGUAACACUUAUUUUUGUUGGACAUGUGGUGCACAAUUGAGUAGAAGUAUGCCGUACUUUCAUUAUCAAAAUCCUCAAUCUAAAUGCUUUCAGAAACUUUAUCAAGGUGUUGUUUAUGAAGAAGAAGACGAGGAUGAUGAGAUAGUUUUCCCGGCUCUUGAACAAGAUUUUGAUUCUGAUGAUUCAUUUGAUGAUGGGUCUGACCUUGAAGCCGAUUAUCGUUUUUAAAUUUAUUCGUUUCUAAUAUUAUUUGAUACUUAUUCGAUAAUUAUAUUUAUACAUAUGUUUUUUAUUCAUUUUGUUGAAAUUAAAAAAAAUUAUUGUUAAAUGUGAA